ACCCGGGCCUUCGGGUUGUUUGUCUGUUGAGCAGCUGGUUCCGGAGCCGUUGAGCCUCCCAGCUAGCGCGGGCCAUGCCCGUGACCUGACGUAUUUGUAGGGCUUAAAGCCCAGGAAAGUCCACCAGUCGCCGCCACCACCUUUGGGCUCAUUUUACUUCUAGCUGCCAUCAUCCUGCCCUCCCAGCUUCUUGCUGCUUAUGCUGGUGACCGCGGUGAACCAUCAGGAUUUGCAUUUGAACGGAGCGCACUGGAGAGCCCCUUACCCCACCCCCAGAGAGCUGAGCCUCUGCCGGAAGGAAGAGAGGACUCCCGCUAGACCUAAGAGGACGUCUCGCUUUCCAGGCCGUGUGAGUUCAGGGGCAACAGAGGACCACUUGGAACCAGAUUGAACAGCCUCUUUAUGAAGCACGGAUUCCGUGACUGGAGCCCACGGUCUGUGUGUAAAUGGCUCCACUCCCCACCGGCAUCCGCUUCCUCGUCUCAUUCUCCCGGGACCAGUGGUAUAGAGCCUUCACUUUUAUUCUGACAUUUUUGCUGUAUGCAAGUUUCCACUUAUCUCGAAAGCCUAUCAGCAUAGUUAAGGGUGAGCUGCACAGGUACUGUGCUUCUGCGAGCGAGGGUGAACUCAGGUUCAACAGCCAGAGCCAAAAAGCCAGUGACACGCCCCCUCGCCAGCUCCCAAGCAACGAGACUGACUGCGGCUGGGCCCCAUUCGAUCAGGACAACUACCAGCAGCUGCUCGGGGCCCUGGACUACUCCUUCCUGUGUGCGUACGCCAUCGGCAUGUACCUGAGUGGCAUCAUAGGGGAGCGCCUGCCAAUUAGGUAUUACCUGACUUUCGGGAUGCUGGCCAGUGGCGCCUUCACUGCCCUCUUUGGGUUAGGGUAUUUCUACAGCAUCCACAGUUUCGGAUUCUACGUCGUAACUCAGAUCAUCAACGGACUGGUGCAGACCACCGGCUGGCCCAGCGUCGUCACCUGCCUCAGCAACUGGUUUGGAAAAGGCAGGCGAGGUUUGAUUAUGGGGGUCUGGAAUUCCCACACCUCCGUGGGAAACAUUUUGGGGUCUUUGAUUGCUGGCUACUGGGUGUCCACGUGCUGGGGCCUGUCCUUCAUCGUGCCUGGGGCCAUCGUGGCCGCCAUGGGGAUCGUGUGCUUCCUCUUUCUCAUCGAACAUCCGAAGGACAUCGCCUGCUCAUCCACCCUGGUGGCGCACUCGAAAAGCUAUGAGAAUGGCAUGCACAGGUUUAAACUGCAGAAGCAAGCCUUACCCUCUGAGAAGAAGCCCCUGGACCCGGAGAUGCAGUGCUUACUGCUGUCAGAUGGAAAGCGGUCCGUCCAUCAGAACCACGUUGUCGUCCUCCCGGCCGACGGCGGCAGUGGCAUGGCUGCCAUCAGCUUCACUGGGGCCUUGAAAAUUCCCGGUGUGAUAGAGUUCUCCCUGUGUUUGCUCUUCGCGAAGCUCGUCAGCUACACUUUCCUCUUUUGGCUCCCUCUCUACAUCACAAAUGUCGAUCACCUGGAUGCCAAGAAGGCGGGGGAGCUGUCCACCUUGUUUGACGUGGGCGGGAUCUUCGGUGGGAUCCUGGCAGGCGUCAUCUCAGAUCGACUGAAGAAGAGGGCCUCCACCUGCGGCCUCAUGCUGCUGCUCGCGGCGCCCACGCUCUACGUAUUCUCCACUGUCAGCAAAAUGGGUCUGGAGGCCACCAUAGCCAUGCUGCUGCUCAGUGGGGCCCUGGUCAGUGGGCCGUACGCACUCAUCACCACCGCCGUCUCCGCCGACCUGGGGACUCAUAAAAGUCUGAAAGGAAACUCCCAUGCCCUCUCCACCGUGACCGCCAUCAUCGACGGGACCGGGUCUGUAGGUGCGGCCCUGGGCCCUUUGCUCGCUGGGCUCAUCUCCCCGUCCGGGUGGAACAACGUGUUCUACAUGCUCAUGUUUGCAGACGCCUGUGCCUUACUGUUCCUGAUCCGCCUCAUACACAAGGAGCUGAGCUGCUCAGGGUUGGCGACGGGGGACCAAGUUCCGUUUAAGGAACACUGACCCCUGGGGUCCCAUGGAGGGAGGCUGGGCCCGCCCUUCACAAACUGUCUUUCAAGGGAAAGUUCAAAUAAAGGAUCCUGUGUUGAAAAGAA